UGAUGAGAUCAUCAGCAGUAAUAAGAUCAGCUUUAGCUUCUUUUGCGUUUGGAGGACCGGCUGAUCUGACGUUUCGACAUUGUUAUAUGCCAUUUGGCAUUCACUGGCAACAACCCCUAUUGCCCGUUUCAGCUCUAAGGGUCGACUAUUUCAGAGAGCACAUUGAGUUAUUGAUCAAGCUGCCGCCUCUGGAAGGCGUAAAGUAGUCCAUAAUCAUUGCAUUUCCUCCAAGAAUCAAGUUGAACUCGGUUAUUUAUCUCAAUAGGAACGGCCAGAAGGCCUAAUCAGCAAAAAGGAUAUGGACCCUGGAAAAUCAAUAGAGGAUCAGUUCUCCAACCUGCAUCCAUGCCUGCCUCUGAACACAAGAAUUGGGAUAGUAGGCGCUGGUCCAAGUGGUUUGUCAGCUGCUUAUGCUCUAGUAAAGCUCGGUUACAGCAAUGUGACUGUGUUAGAGAAGUACCAUUCUGUUGGUGGCAUGUGUGAAUCAGUCGAUAUUGAAGGGAACAUUUAUGAUCUAGGUGGCCAAGUUCUUGCUGCAAACAGUGCCCCUGUCAUUUUUCACUUGGCAAAGGAGACUGAGUCUGAACUAGAAGAAAUGGACUCCCACAAGCUUGCUCUUAUUGACAAUGCUACAGGAGAGUAUGAAGAUAUAAAAGUUGCAGAUGACUAUGUAUCUGUGAUCUCACUGACCUUAGAACUCCAGGAUAAAGUAAAGAACUCAGGCCGAAUUGGGAUCCAUGCUUUGAGUGAAUUUGCCUCAGACUCGACUCCAUCCUAUCUUGAACGUCAAGGAUUUAGUUCUGUUCCCAAAUCUGUGGCUUAUGGAUAUACUGCUUCUGGCUAUGGGUAUGUUGAAGACAUGCCUUAUGCUUACAUUCAUGAGUUCACCCGAACUUCUAUGGCUGGAAAAAUCCGCCGUUUUAAAGGUGGAUAUACAAGUCUUUGGAAGAAGAUCAGUAAAUCACUCCCAAUGGUUCACUGCAAUACUGAAGUAUUGACAGUCAAACGUUUUUCUGAUUAUGUUAGUAUCGAUGUGAAAAAAUGUGACAGAGAAGUCCAAAAUAUGGAGUUUGAUAAGAUCAUUGUCUCUGGUUCAUUUCCUUUGAACUAUGGAAGAAUUUACAGAUCACCUUCACAUUCUGCAGAACAUAAAACGGAAGUGAUGGAUAUGGGUGAUGUUGAAAAGGAGUUGUUCAGUAAAGUACAGACCAUUGACUACUACACAACUGUUUUGAAGGUUAAAGGGAUAGAGCAUAUGCCUAUAGGUUUCUAUUACUUCAGUGAAUACAUAAGUAAUCCUGCAACAAUUGGACAUCCAGUCGCAAUGCAGAGAUUCUUUGCUGACACAGAUAUUUUCUUAUUCUGGUCUUAUGGAAAUUCUGCCGACAUUAUGGGACCAACUGUGACAGAACUUGCAAUUGAAGCUGUUAAACGUAUAGGGGGAGAAGUUAAGGAGGUGGUUCUCCAGCGCCGGUUUAAGUAUUUCCCUCAUGUUGAUAGCCAAGCCAUGAUGAAUGGAUUUUAUAACAAAUUGGAGUCUGAACUUCAAGGCGUGAAGAACACUUAUUACGUAGGCGGGCUUAUGGCUUUUGAGCUUACAGAGAGAAAUUCAUCAUAUGCUAUGGCUUUAGUCUGCAAGCACUUUGCAAAUGACAAUCCUUUGCCAAAGCUCCCAUAUGUUAAGAGUUUGUUUUCUUUCCAAAAUGAAUUGGAAAGAAGCCCUACAAUCUUGGCCGAACUACCAGGAGUGGAGUACCCUAAUCUGUCUUCCCUUGAUGGCUAUCUGAAGCACUGGGGAACUCAUAGAGUCACUCAAAACAAGACACUCUAUACUUGGAUCAAUGAAGAAGGGGCAGUUGCUUGCCAGAGGACUUACACAGAACUUAAUGCAAAUGCUUCUUGCAUUGCUCAAAAGAUCUUGACAUGCCAGAAACCAGUAAUCAAGCCUGGCGACAGGGUCCUCCUGGUCCAUGUCCCGGGUUUGGACUUCAUAGAUGCUUUCUUUGGAUGCUUAAGAGCUAAAGUCUUGCCAGUCCCAGUUCUACCUCCAGAUCCUUUGCAAAGAGGUGGUCAGGCACUUUUGAAGAUUGAAAACAUUGCCAAAUCAUGUAAUGCAAAGGCAAUUCUGUCCACCAUUAGUUAUCACUGGGCAGUGCAAGCAGGUUCAGUUAAAAAUAUGAUCUCAUUGACUGCUAAGAAUCAAAAGUCCUCGGCAAGGUGGCCGAAUCUUCCUUGGUUACAUACAGAUUCUUGGGUUAAGAACUCCAAGAGCGGAGUUGUGGAAGCUCUAAAGGAUGAAUCUGAAUCACAGCCAGGUGAUGUAUGUUUUCUCCAAUUCACAUCAGGUUCGACUGGCGAUGCUAAAGGAGUCAUGAUAACUCAUGGAGGGCUCAUUCAUAAUGUCAAGUUGAUGAGAAAGAGAUACAAGAGCACCUCAAAAACAGUUCUAGUAAGCUGGCUUCCUCAGUACCACGACAUGGGGCUGAUCGGAGGACUUUUCACAGCUCUUGUUAGUCGUGGGACUGCAGUUUUGUUUUCACCAUUGACAUUCAUCAGGAAUCCACUAUUAUGGCUCCAAGUCAUGAGCAAAUAUCAGGCUACUCACAGUGCUGGCCCCAACUUUGCCUUUGAGCUAGUAGUUAGAAGGCUAGAGUCUGACAAGACUAGAAAAUAUGACCUAUCUUCCAUGAAGUUCCUCAUGGUUGCUGCUGAACCUGUUAGGCAGAAAACUCUGAAAAGGUUUGUUGAUCUGACUCGUCCUUUCGGCUUAACUCAAGAGGUGAUGGCACCUGGCUAUGGCUUGGCAGAAAACUGUGUGUUUGUCAGUUGUGCAUAUGGUGAAGGAAAGCCUAUCAUGGUAGAUUGGCAAGGAAGAGUAUGUUGUGGAUAUGUGAAUCCAAAUGAUGAAGAUGUCGACAUCAGAAUAGUCGAUCCAGAGAGCAGUGAGGAGCUCAAAGAAGCGGGAAAAGAAGGAGAAAUAUGGAUCAGUAGUCCCAGUGCUGGAGUUGGGUAUUGGGAAAGAGAAGAGCUAAGCAAGAAAACUUUUAAAAACCAGCUUGCUGACAAUCCGAGACGUAUCUACACUAGGACUGGGGAUUUGGGACGCAUAAUUGACAGCAAACUCUUCAUCACUGGAAGAAUCAAAGAUCUUAUCAUUGUUGCAGGAAGGAACAUUUACUCAGCAGAUGUAGAGAAGACAGUGGAGAAUGCAUCUGAAGUUGUACGUCCGGGUUGUUGUGCAGUCAUUUCUGUUCCAGUGGAAAUCCUAUCAAAAAAAGGAAUCUCAGUUCAAGACAACUCUGAUCAGGUUGGUUUAGUUGUCAUUGCGGAGGUUAGGGAUGGAAAACCUGUUGGAAAGGAUGUGGUUGAACAAAUUCAAGCUCGUGUUGCAGAAGAACAUGGGGUCACUGUUGCUACUAUCAAGUUGAUCAGGCCGAAAACCAUUAGUAAAACAACGUCAGGAAAAAUCAAAAGAUUUGAAUGCCUGCAGCAGUUUACUGAUGGAACAUUGAAUAUUGUACCAGAGCCACUUUUAACAAAGAGAAGGCUGAUUCGGUCCUUCACUACAGGAACAUGCAAGGAGGGAAAAACUCCUCGGCCACACCUUGUGAGAAGCACUCCUCCACCAAGCCCCAAAAUAAGCAAUAAACAGAUUGUGGACUUCUUGAAACGAUUAGUUUCCGAGCAGACUGGUAUUUCAAUCAACAAAAUCACUGACACUGAAAGUCUAGUGUCUUAUGGAAUUGACUCCAUUGGGGUGGUCAGAGCAGCUCAGAAACUUUCAGACUUCCUUGGUGUGCCAGUAGGAGCUGUGGACAUUUUCACUGCAACCUGCAUUGCAGACUUGGCAAGCUUCUCGGAGAAUCUUUUAGUAAAUGCUGAACCUCAAGUGUCCACUCAGCCUCACCUUGUAAGAAGCUCUCCUCCACCAAGCCUCAAAAUAGGCAAUAAACAGAUUGUGGACUUCUUGAAACGGCUAGUUUCCGAGCAGACUGGUAUUUCAAUCAACAAAAUCUCUGACACUGAAAGUUUAGUGUCUUAUGGAAUUGACUCCAUUGGGGUGGUCAGAGCAGCUCAAAAACUUUCAGACUUUCUUGGUGUGCCAGUAGGAGCUGUGGACAUUUUCACUGCAACCUGCAUUGUCGACUUGGCAAGCUUCUCGGAGAAUCUUUUAGUAAAUGCUCAACCUCAACUGUCCACUGAUCCAUCCUAUGUUGCACAACCUGAGACUGGUUCUGCUGAGCUUUCGAUGGAACUUCCCGAGUCCAAUCACUCGAUUAUCUGGUUAUUCCAACUUCUAGCUCUUGUUUACGUUGCGUUCAUGCUCUCUCUUCCUGCAUAUUUAUCAGUUUCUACUUUCACAAGUUGUGUCUCAGCCACUCAUGCAUUGGUAGAAGGUGUUCCCUAUCUAGAUUAUUUGGCCUUGCUGACCUUUGCUCCCCUUGCUUGGAUGUUCUGCAUAUUUUCUACCUGUGUUUCAAUUGCAUUCUUAGGGAACUCUUUCUUAAAACCAAACUAUGCCCUGAACCCUGAAGUCUCCGUCUGGUCAACGGAUUUUGUCAAGUGGUGGGCUCUUUACAAGGGUCAUGAAGUUGCCUCCAAAGUUUUGGCAGAGCCUCUGCGAGGCACGGUGUUCCUUAAGUAUUGGUUUGAGAUGCUUGGAGCUAGGAUUGGAUCCUCAGUUUUACUUGAUACAGUUGACAUAACAGACCCCUCUCUAGUUUCAAUUGGAGAUGGAGCUGUGAUUGCAGAAGGUGCUUUGAUUCAAGGCCAUGAAGUGAAGAAUGGAGUAUUGAGCUUCCUCCCAAUAAGAAUUGGUCAAAACUCCUCAGUUGGCCCUUACGCUGUUGUCCAGAAGGGAACUAUAUUGGCAGAAGACAGUGAGCUGAUGGCCUUACAAAAAGGUGGAGGCAAGUCUGUUAUCAAGGCUAAAAAUCAUCAUAAUGGGCUGGCAAAGGUCACAAGCACUGAAACUGAGGCCAUUUACCAGUUCUUAGGCAUCUAUUUGGUUGGGUUCCUCGGCACUCUCUCAGCUUCCAUUGUGUAUUUAGCCUACAUGUGGCUGUCUCAAAAGCCUCCUUCGGUUGAAAAAUAUGCAUUCUUUUGCUUAUUUGGGGCCUUUCACUGGAUACCUUACGCCAUCAUUGCUUAUGCUACCAUGUUUGCUAAUGUUCCAUCAGACAUAAUUUACUUCUCCAUCUCAGUAGCUGUUGGUUACUUAGCUUAUGGCCUAGUACUCAGCUUCCUCACAAGUGGUUUGACUCGUCUUAUUUCUAGUAAACAGACAAAGUCAGGCCAUCUCAGAACUUGGUUUUGCCACCGAAUCACCAUUGCUUGCCACCUUAGAUUUGCUAAGCUUUUGUCAGGAACAGAAGCCUUCUGCAUCUACUUGCGCCUUCUGGGUGCAAAGGUUGGAAAACAUUGUUCUAUCAGGGCCAUCAAUCCAGUUUCAGACCCGAAAUUGUUAUCACUUGGUUCUGGUGUCCAUCUUGGUGAUUUCAGUCGAAUUAUUGCUGGGUUUUAUUCCUCCAAUGGGUUUGUUAGCGGGAAAAUUGAGGUGCAAGAUAAUGCGGUAAUUGGGAGCGAAAGCGUAGUCCUUCCUGGCUCAGUUAUUCAGAAAGAUGUUAUUCUUGGAGCACUUUCAGUUGCACCAGUGAAUUCAAUGCUUCAGGCUGGUGGUGUUUACAUUGGUUCUCAAACUCCAAUCAUGAUCAAGAACACCAUGCAUUCUUUGGAUGACCGAAUAGAAGAGAUGGACAUGAAAUAUAAGAAAAUAGUUGGUAACCUUUCUGCAAAUUUGGCUGCCACAACUCUGAAGGUCAAAUCAAGAUACUUCCAUAGAAUUGGUGUUAGUGGGAAGGGAUACUUGAAGAUUUAUGACAACAUCAAAGGGUUGCCGCACCAUAACAUUUUCUCUCCUGGCAAGAGCUAUCCUGUUAUAGUCCGGCACAGCAACAGCUUGAGUGCUGAUGAUGAUGCAAGGAUUGAUGCACGCGGUGCAGCCAUCCGAAUACUUCAAGGUGAGACUAGUGAGUCCUCACUCCUUGACCUGACACUGAAGACAGGAAAGGCAUUCUAUGCCCGCACAAUUGCAGACUUUGCAACAUGGUUAGUGUGUGGACUUCCUGCAAGGGAAGAGUAUGUCAAGCGAGCCCCACAUGUACGCGAUGCAGUGUGGACUUCCCUUCGCCAUGCAAACUCGUUCACUGAGCUACAUUACUACUCAAACAUUUGCAGGUUGUUCCGGUUCACAGAUGGACAAGAAAUGUAUGUCAAGUUCAAGUUGAGGCCUUCCAAUGAGAACAUUAGUGAAGAAUCUGGUAAGGUAGAACCUAUUGGCAUUCUUCCACCUGAUACAGGUGCAAUUCCUAGAGAUGAGAAGGAUACUCGCCCUCUACUUUUCCUUGCCAAAGAUUUCCAAAGCCGGGUCAAUGAAACUGGAGUUCGUUAUAUAUUCCAGUUACAGGUCAGGCCUGUUCCACAUGAUGAAGCUACCCGAGACAUUGCACUUGACUGCACCAAACCCUGGAAUGAGGCUGAGUUCCCAUACAUUGACGUUGGAGAGAUUAACAUCAACCACAAUAUAUCUGCAGAAGAAUCGGAACAGCUGAAUUUCAAUCCUUUUGUUAAAUGCCAAGAAAUAGAUGUCAUCAGGGCUUCAUCAUGCUCCCAGAGUGCUUCGAUUGACCAUGGCCGUUCACUGAUCUAUGAGAUUUGCCAGCACUUACGCAAUGGUGAACCCCUGCCAGAGGCUUGGAAAAUCUUUGUAGAGCAGUCUGAUGUCAAAGUAGACCUUUCUGGUUGUCCAAUGGCAGCAGCAUUGCAGAAAAAAGAUUCACAUACCGUGACGCUGGAAAGAACUGUCUUUCAGACUCUAUGGGCAACUUUUGCGCAACCUUUUCUGCAAACAGUGUUCCCUCAUUUCCUCCUCGCGUUAGUGAUCUUCUAUCCUUUGAGCUUGGCUCUUCACUUGAAGAAUGUGCAGAAACUCCCUCUGCAUUGGUUGUUCCCCUUGUUUUGGGUUUGUUCAGGAUCUUUGGCUGGGUUAGCUUGUGUUGUUGCAAAAUGGGUACUAGUAGGAAAGAAGAAAGAAGGUGAAGCCAUACACAUGUGGAGCAUAGGGGUUUUUUUGGACACUACAUGGCAAGCCUUUAGAACCCUAGUUGGGAGCUACUUCAUGGAAAUGACAAGCGGGUCAGUUCUCUUUGUGUUGUGGAUGAGGCUGAUGGGUUCAGAGAUUGAGUUGGACCAAGGUGCUUAUGUGGACAGCAUGGGAGCUUUGCUCAACCCUGAAAUGGUGGAGAUUGAGAGAGGUGGGUGUGUGGGAAGAGAAGCUCUCUUGUUUGGUCACAUUUAUGAAGGGGAUGGGGGCAAGGUUAAGUUCGGAAGGAUUACAAUUGAAGAAGGUGGAUUUGUAGGGAGUAGAGCAAUAGCAAUGCCAGGAGUGAUAGUGGAGAGUGGAGGCAGUCUUAGUGCUCUCUCUCUUGCCAUGAAAGAAGAAAUUAUCAAGUCAAGGUAGCUAGAGAAUAGAGAGGAUCCUGCUGAUAUAUUGAUAAUAAAUAAAAGGUUGCAAUCCUUUGUGGCCUAGCUACAUGCCUACAUGUACUACAAGGCUGGCUGGAAAUUUUGAAUAAGUCACUUUAUAGAAAUAAAAAGAUUAGUUCUUGAAAGAAUUACAAGUAGAA